CUCUCCGCAACCACCCGCACCUUGCAACCCUCAUGUUGCUGGGGCCCCUGCUCCCCAACUUUGCUGAUGCUUUUUCAACAGGCAUGUGCAGCAGACCCAGCUAAUUCCCAUUCAGGCCAUCCCGCGACCCGUCUUUCGCCUACCAAGAGACGCAUAUGAGACUUUGCACUUGUCCCUCCAAGUACCUCUCUGCAUGUACGAAAAAGUACUUUGUAGCAGCCACUGCGGCCUGUCAAUCGUCACCUCUGGGCACGCUGGGUUCAGGGCAGGAAACAAGUCUGGCGUUCAUCCCCUCUCCAUCCAUCCACACAUCCGGCGAGGGGGGGAAAUGGAAUGGUGAGUCCCACAUGGGCCAUGGGAAGUGUGGACUGUGUGUACUAGUUGACGGGCUUUGCCUUGGGCCUUGGUAUUCCAACAACCCACGCCAGCCGCGGCCGACAACCAAAGCACAUUAAAGGAGCCCACCCCCUUCGAGGUGCUGCUCCGGAUCUUGCUCUCAGACGGCUUUGGUUUUGUAUUGCCUCUGCACCGCUUCACAAGCUGUCCAGUCCGACUUCCUGUUUCUGCCCUCGGUAGACAAGAGACUUGUCCAUCGUCCAUUGUUGCGCCCCGUCAGCCGCCGACGCCCGCUGCGUUUCCAUCCAUCACCUUACUCAGACCGCCGGCAUUACGUUUGCCCUGGACCUUGGGACCUGGAUAUACCGGAUACCGAGCUGUUUUUUUUCUUCUCUGUGCUGCUGUUGCUGCACGUCAUGCUGGAGCCCGCAGCUAGCCAGCCCAUAGCAAAGCUAAGCUAGCUGAGACCCGUCACUUUACCUCACCUUGGGACGCCCUGACGCCGACCGUGUCCGAAGCUGAAGCUGUCAGAGGAAAAAAAGAAUUUGUUGGAUUCGCAGAUUCGGUUGUUGGAUUCUGGGUUACCGUUACGGAGUGAGGUUCCAAGUCCAAAAGCUUCCAGUGGCGCCUCCAGCUGUUCUCUCAACGAACCGGCUCCACCCAGCCCACAUAAAUUUAUUUCAUUCCCUGGUCUCUGGGAUCCUCUCAACCCUCCCUCGACCCCCCGACCGAGUCGCCUUGCCCAAAAUCGACUCGGAGUCUUCGGCAUCUUCCUCAGAUGUUUACAUAUGAACCCAGCAUGCCCCGAGCGAUGAGUCUCUAACUCGAGUACACAGCAACAACCACCAUCCACCAACCACCAACCACCAACCACCAACAGUUGACCUCGCUACUCGCUUGCUCCAGCCCGCCUUCCCAAGCGCACCGCAGCAACAGCUUCCGUGCAGCUCCUGGAUUGGCCAUAUCGCUCCGGAUCACGGACCGUCAGCUCCUCCUCCCCCAACUGACCUGCUUCAUACCUGUCUCCUAGUACAGCACCGAACUUCCGGCUGCACCUGGACUGGACUGGACUUCGAACUCCCAAGGAUCACAUCAGACAUCAGAUAGAUCAGAUCACCACCAUGAUCAUCGACGGCGAGAAGUGGGCUUGCGAAGCCUGCGUGCGGGGCCAUCGGGUCAGCAACUGCCAGCAUCACGAGCGCCCACUCCAGCACAUCAACAAGAAGGGCCGGCCGGUGUCGCAAUGCCAGCACUGCCGGGCCAUGCGCAAGUCCCGCUCAUCCCAUGUCAAGUGCGACUGCGGCGAAAAGACACACAAGUGUAUUCACUUGAGACCGGUGGUGGAGGGUCACAAGGAGAGCUGCUGCUGUAACCAUGGCGGCCGCUGCACCUGCUGCCACAAGAAGGAGCCUGGGCUCGAGACCGUCCCCGAGUCGGAUUCGGACAGCGCUGCUGCCGCGCAGAACAAGAUCUCCAAGCUGAGCUCGCGAGUUCGUCGCCGCGCCAACACCACCAGCUCGGACGGCAUGCUUGCCUUUGAAGUCAACGGCCACCCCAAACCGACGUACAAGCACAACAAGGUUUCGCAGAAAUGCGGCCCCUACCAGCUCAACAGGGUCAACUCGAUGCACAGCACGGGAAGCUUGGGCGACCAUUCGUUGGACGGCUUCCUUGGAGAUGCCGAAGGCUGUGGCACCGCGUCCGCGACCGGAAGCAUCAGCGGCGACAGCAUGCCGCCAUCGCAGCACAGCCGGUCGGAAGCUGCCUCCCCCCUGAUGACAGGCUCGCAGUCUUUUGCCCAGCUUCCGCCGCUUGACCUUUCGCAGAUCAGCAAGUAUCAGCCAUACGUCGCCAACCACGCCGAGUUCUUUGGCAACAUGUCGGACCACGAGCAGCCUAUUUUCAGCGCCGGCUUGAGUGCGGCCUCGGUCGACUGGAACAACUAUGAGGGCUUGGAGUUUGCCCGCGAAAACAACCACGAUUUCGCCCCCUCUAGCUACAGCCAACCACAGAGCUACGGUGGAUUUGACUUCGGUGGGUCGGAGCAGCUCACCAUGACGACGACCACGUCCAACUCGGGCGAGGUUUCCGAGGUCGAGGACUUCUUCACCAACCCGUUGGAUGACUUUGAGACUUUCCGAAGCCCUUUCCCCACGGGUGGAUUUCUCGGGCACACCCACAGCAUGAUGGGCAGUGCGGAUCUCGGCAGUGUCGAGUUUGACGAACUAGGCUUCAUGAAGAAGACUAGCGCCAAGUUUAUGAACGCCACGUCCAUGGCCGGAGAUGACCCGACCCUUCUGGCCGGCGCCGCUUCGGGCUUCGGUGGCUUCGCGCUCGAGGACGACGCCUUUUGGAUGAACGACUACCACGGACUUCCCAACAUGACGGACUCCCCCACAGAGAACAACCUCGGGCCUUUCUGGGCGGAGGCCCAAUGACAAACGAGUGACGCAUACGCAUACGCACACGAAUAAGCACACGCACUCGGACUUUCAGUACACGACGACGACUUUUCGGUUAGAUGACGACGAAACGUUGCGACGGAUUUCUUGCCUUGCUCGGAUACCCCAAACGCUUAUAGAUUUGGCAGGGAGCGAUGGUUUCAACGCGGCGGCGAAUUUUGUGUUUCGAGAAUUUCCUUUUGCAUGUUGGGCUCUUUUAUAUCGGUUUUCACACAUACUCUAUACUCUCGUUGAAUGGGGGCGGCUCUGGAAGUCUUGUUCUUUCACGGCAGGCGCUGGUGGGAUUUUUUUGUUUCCUUGUUUGGGCAUGAAAGAAACACAAAAGAUGACAUGAAUGCAUUUCUCUGGCAGGAUCAUCAUGAUCUACAAGGUGCAAAUACUGUUUUUUUCUUUUUCUCUUCUACCCGCUCUUUGGCUUUUGGUUUUUACUCAGGCUGUUUUUCUCCCUGGUGGUGGUUGGUGGUUUUUUGACAGCACAAGUUGCAUUUCCAAACUGGUUUUUUGGUUGGGUGUUUUUGACAUGGCAUUUAAAAGAGACGAUAAAAAAGUUCUUGGUGGCAGGCACAAUGCUUUUUACAUUUUACAUUGAAGACUUGGAGGGCGGUCAAUUUUGUGCUUUUUUUUUUUCAACGUUGGAAAUACCUGUCUGUGAGGACUUCAUUACGCGCAUCAUCACUUUGUUUUUACUUCACUUCUCGAGUAUAUAUUUGAAACAAGACCUUUUUGGCUAUUCGACUCUCUGUUCAUAUUUUGCCUUGUCUUUUCUUGUGCAUAUUACUUUGGAUACCCAUCAA